AUGGCAAUCGUUGAACAGCUCAAGAACGCUCUUCAAGCUCUCACAGCCAAGGACAAGGAGAAACGAGCUGCUCUGCAAGCCCAGUCAUCGCUAUCUGCUUCACAAGAGGAGUGGCUAGACUCCCAAGCCAACUACACCGAUCUGGCCUUGCUCAUCGAAGCUCUGGAGGCAGAAGACGACGCCAACGCAGCCUAUAAAGCUAUGGAGGUGGCAGGAACACUGCCCAGCGAGGUCUCGACUGCUCUAGCUGAAGCUGAGAAGCUACAAGCUCGCAACUGUCGCACUCCUGAGUCGCAGCCUUUGUCUCUCCCUCUAAGACGUAGCCCUCGCGCUUCCAAGCCCCCCAGGGACCCUAUGGCAUCAGUUGCUGUCCCCUUGUCUCCUGCGAACCCUCUUGGCCUACCUGGCUAUCGUGGCUGGGGUCUACUUGAUGCCCCACGCAUCUCAAACACUGGGGAAUCGCCAGGGCCGCCUACAAGCCCCUCGCCUCAAUCUAGCGCCCAAGAGAGCUUGUGGGUCGAUGAACGAGCAGCUGCAGUUGCUGACGAUAGGUAUGGUACUCCUCUCAAUGGAACGAGAGCUCUGGGGCCUUCACUGUCGCUGUCUUCGCUGCAAUCCACUGUUAUCGACUUCUCUCAAGAUGAUGACGAAGAGGAAGCGCUACCAAGGCCGAAAAGGAAGAAGCCCCACCACAUGGUGUUCUUCGAAGCUACAGGGCGAGCUGCAGAUGACUUGCAUCGCUGCCUUCUCUGCAGAGCUGUUUUCAAAGGAGGACACCUAACUGGCAAAGGAGGGAGACCUGUCUGCCCAUCCAGAGCGCUCGCAGGGCGCCGCUUUCCUCAUGCCACGCUGCCACAACUUGCAAGCUUGACUGCUGCAGUGCCAGAUGACCAGCCGACACUGCCCCAGGUCCUGCAAGCCCCGUUCCAGCUCCCCAUCUUCCACAAGCUCUUGACGCUCGCUGUGAUCAGCAGUCGAGUUCCCUUCUCUCUCGUCGAACACCCAGCUUGGCGCGCUCUCUUCAACUACCUAUGCCCACAAGCAAUCGUGCAAAGCCGCCAGACGCUAGCUAGGAGCAUGCGAGACCUUCACAGCAGCCUGCAGCACGCUGCCAGCACCUCAUUCGAGCGUGCAAACACCAUGUGCAGUGUUCAAACAGACCUCUCUUUCACCGGUGGGAACGUUGCCUGGGUCGAUGAGAAGUGGACACUGCACACAGACUUCGCAUUCUUCACACCCUUGAGACUACGCCAUACCGGAGUCAAUCUGGCUGCGCCUCUCGCUGCCUGGAUCCAAUCUCGACGACUUGGGGGCCGGGUGCUGUCCAUUACGACUGAUGGCGCCUCAAACAACAUCACCAUGCUUGAACGACUUGCCCAAACACCUUACAUCGAGUUCAACAACCAGAAAGAUCAUGUUCUGUGCUCCUGCCACUGCAUAGGGCGCGUCGUCUUCGUUUUCAUGAAGAACCUGGGCUGCACCAUCCCUGCUCUUCGUCCCAAGCAGCUGGACAUACCUAGCAUCUUCAUCAACGAUGCCCUGGCUGAAUCGGAAGCGCCUGAAGCUCAGGACGACAGAGAUCCGGCCGAGGACUUGCAAGAGCUAUCACAACUCGAUCAUGAGGCCGAAAGCUUCUUCGACGACGAAGGGGACGAAGAGGAAGCACCUCAGGAGGCCGAUAGUGAAGAAGAACAGGACACAGCCUCUCCCAGCACUACCCCCCAUGGAAACGCGGCCAGAAUGGCAACCAAGUUCUGCAGAAUGACCAUGAGGUCUUCUCACCUUGUGGCAGCCUUUCGACAGCUCUCAGGCGGCCGUGCAUUGAAGAGAGUGGCAGGGAUCCGUUGGGCCAACGAUGUAGAAGUCUGGGAGUCAGUGCUCGAGCACAGGCAGUCCAUUCACCUCAUGCUGCUCAAUCAUCAUUCACACUACACCAAGCACGACAUUCGGCUAGAGGGCACCGACUACUUGGCCCUAGAACGACUUCAAUCGAUCCUGGCGCCUCUCAGAGACUUCACGCGCGAUAUGGAGGGCAACAAGCCGACUGGCAGCCUGGUGAUUCACAUGUGGCUCCAACUUGUCCUCCACCUCAAAACGAUGCGCUCUAGGUACUCUGAUGCGCCUGAUAUCGUCUGCGCUCUCAGUGCUGCAAUCAGAAAGGCUGAAGGAUACCUUGCCCAGGCCUCGCAGUGUCGUCCUCUGCUCAUAGCAACUGCACUGAACCCCCAGUGUCGCCUGCGCUUCUUCAGCAAGAACAGCAGAUACUUGAGCACGUCCUCCAACGAGGUCAGAGGCCUGCUCAUCGAUGUGUGCGAGCAGAUCUUCCAGGAACAGGCUCAAACGCCCCAGCAGCUCGACAGCGACAAGCCUGAGGCGCUCUCUACAGCCCCUACAUCCCAGUUCCUCGACUUUGGCGAUGACAGUGAUGAAGAGCAGACACCUACAAUGGUGGUAGAGGCUGAAAUCGACCGAUACAAUCACAGAAGCUCGAUGGCAGGGAGCCAGGGACUUCAGCAGGACGCUCUGAAGUGGUGGGAGGUCAACUCACACCUCUUUCCAACGCUUUCCAAGGCUGCGCAGCGCUACCUGAGCGUGCUAGGUGCUCAGGCAGUCACAGAGAGGCUUUUCUCUGCGUCUGCAGCUGUCUGCAAUCCUAGAAGAAUGGGUAACAUCUUACCAGAGACUAUCAGCGCGCAAGUGGGCACAGAUCAGCUGUUACUCAAUGACUAUCGCGCUGGAAACGAGUGGGGCGAUGCCCAAGAAGUCAUUAGGCGUUAUAUCGCGCAGCAGAAGCAGCAGAAGAAGCUCACCCAAGUCUACAGCGCUACAGCACUCUUCACCACAGCCAUGAGAGGAAACAGGGAUCUUCGAGCUUGUAUCGUCCGAUGCUGCAACAGCAUCCCCGGUACAAUUGAUCGGACUCCUCAGGGCUGCCAUGUCAUUGCGGGUUCGGCGGCCGACGCAGCCAUGAGGACUUGCACUAAAGCCUGUCCAGACUCGUCGAGCAAGAAGCGCCUUGGUGCCCGUCAGGCUGACAGUCCCUGUCCCAGCUCCGUCACUUCUGGCAGCGCGUCUUCUGCCGUCAGCCACCACGGCUCGAACACACGUACCCACACUUCGCACUCUGAAUCUGCGUCCCAUGCUUCGCACACGCACCCUGGCUCACACUCGACCCAUGAUGCUGGCCACUCUGGGACUCCUGUUAACUCGUCCUCGGUCACGGGGUCGGCGCCCGCCACCUCAAUCAUCGGCACUAGCGAUGCGGCUGGUGCCUCUGUCGCCAGCGCCUCAGUUAGCCACUCAGCUUCUGGCUCCGCUCAGCCGUCAGCCAGUGGUAAGAAGAAGAGUGCCGCACCCCGUGCGGCAAGGGGAGUAAGCGUCGCCAUCUCCAACAUCGUAGUCCUCUCCAGCCGAGACCUCUCCGCCCGCGACAGGUGGCACCCAGACGUCCCUCCCUGUGUAAAGGACUGCUGUCACCAGUAUGGCGGCAAGUACCAAGACCAGGACAACAACAUCACCUGUGGUUGGGACAAGGCCCCCCCUGGAGCGAUGGACGGCUACGCCACCUGCAGGGACGCCUGCUGGCCCGGCCCACACAAACGCCAAGCGACGGAUCAUGCAUCCUCCGCAGUGUCCGCUAAGCCUUCUGUCUCUGCUGGCCACUCGGCUUCACACAAGGCUAACAGUGGGGGUUCGGUCGGCAACGCCCCCUCCACGUCGGCGGCUCAGACUAAGCCCCAGGCAUCGGGCUCUCACUCCGCCUCUGGUUCUGCCAAGCCGUCGGCGAGCGGCAGGAAGAAGAGCGCUGCCGGGAAGACGGCGAGCAUGAACGUCGGCGCUCUCCUUCUCCUCUCGGCAGCCGUUGCGGCUCUCACAUGCUGA